AUGUUCAGCAUCCGCCAGGAGCGCAAGGGAACGAUGAGAGAGGAUACGAACUUCUACGCUGCUCUUACCAUCAUCAAACAGUUCCCUUUGGUACUGCAGGGCUCGCUGGCCGUCAAUAUUGGACUGAGGCCGGGUUCGAUGCUUGUAUUAUUCCCAGAAAGAGGAGGAGCUAAAGAGGGCGAUAUCGAGGAAGCGGACGAGGAGUACUCGGCUCGUGUGCAGCGCAUGCGGAAGAUUCACAUGGCACGGGAGAAGAAGAAGAACCAGCGUCGUAGUAUUCUCCCCUACGGCGAAGACGACGUGAACACCGGAGAAGAGUCUCCACCAGCUAGACCCAGUCACCCCUUCCACAGCAGUGACAGCUCGUACAACUUUGACGAUUUCUUACUGCCGACGUCCAAGCGUGACGAAGAUGAAGAGCCAAACCGCCUCAGCCGUGGCCGAGGGGUGAGCUCUACUAACCAGAGCGACUCGAUCCCUCCUUCAGUUCUUCGUCGACAAUCCACCGCUGCUCGCCAGUCUGAAAGCAGCUUGAAACUUCGGUCACUGAGGCUUUGA